AUGGACAACACUUCUCUCAUUGGAAGGAAAGACGAAAAUGGUCAAGUAAUAGUAUCCACUGAUCCACUUGACUUAGAUGACUACACUGAUGAGCAAGCUGUUGUCAUAAGUGUAAAUACCAAAGCAAAAAAUAUGUUGUACAAUGCUAUCAGUGGUGAAGAAUAUGAAAAGAUCUCAAGUUGUGAAACCGCUAAGGAGAUGUGGGAUAAAUUGAAAGUUACAUAUGAAGGGACACACAAGGUAAAAGAAACUAGGAUAAAUCUAUUGGUUCGUGAGUAUGAGCUGUUUCAAAUGAAGGAUGGAGAAUCUGUUGAAGAAAUGUUCUCCAGGUUCAGCAAAAUUCUUAGAGAUCUGAAAUCCUUUGGUAGAACAAUAAGAAGCGGAGAAUAA